GACCUCUCCACCGUCAAAAAUAAGAUGACAGGAAAACCGCUGGAUACUUCCGGGGUGGAAAAUAGAGGGCUACGAUCACGAGAAACUCUGAUGGGCCAUAGUAGCUUACGGUAGCCCCGCAACGGGAGAUAAUGAAUGAAUAAAUUUUUUCGUUUCUUUGUCAGUUUCUCUGUUUUAGGAACGGGAAGACCUAAUAAUAGCUGAAGCUGAGGAGAAGAUUUUCUCGAAGAGAGAGAGAGAGAGAGAUUGUGGGUUUCGAGGCAACAGCUCUGGCACAUCUCCCGGUACACUGAGAAGAAAUUAUGACUACACUUGACGUAGCCCGAACAGAACUUGCCCUGUUGGUUCUGUAUUUGAACAAAGCUGAAGCCAGGGACAAGAUAUGCAGGGCAAUACAAUAUGGUUCCAAGUACUUGAGUAAUGGAGAGCCUGGCACAGCCCAAAACGUUGACAAAUCUACUAGCUUGGCUCGUAAAGUUUUCCGUCUUUUUAAGUUUGUUAAUGAUCUGCAUGGACUUAUCAGUCCGACUUCUCCAGGAACUCCCCUUCCCCUUGUUUUACUGGGAAAGUCUAAAAAUGCGCUUUUGUCUACUUUCUUGUUCCUCGAUCAAUUUGUCUGGCUCAGUAGGACAGGCAUUUAUAAGAACAAAGAACAUGCGGAGCUAAUUGGCAGGAUAUCUCUUUACUGUUGGAUGGGUUCCUCAAUCUGCACCACCUUGGUUGAGGUUGGGGAGCUUGGAGGGCUUUCGGCAUCAAUGAAGAAGUUAGAGAAGGACCUAAAGAAAAGUGAUAAAUAUAAUAAUGAGGAGUACCGGAGUAAACUAAAGAAGGGGAACGAGAGAUCAUUGGCCCUGAUUAAAGCGGGCAUGGAUAUAGUGGUUGCCAUUGGGCUACUUCAACUGGCACCCAAGAAAGUCACUCCACGUGUGACAGGAGCCUUCGGAUUUGUUACCUCUCUCAUCUCUUGUUAUCAGUUGCUUCCAUCACCACCGAAGGCCAAGACACCCUGAACAAGGAGAGCCUUGCAAUGGGAUUCCCUUUGGAUAACAACUUAGGAAUUGUGAGGCUUGCCCAUCUUGUGUGACAUUGUCAGUCACGGAUUGAGUGACAGAAAUUUUAUCUUAUUUAGCACCUCUGUUCUGAAUGUCGUUUGUUUGUCCCUGGUAUUCUUACGUCGGAAACAAGAUUUGGUUACUAGUCCGUUGCGUGCAUCACAUACUUGCUGCAAAUGCAUGCGGUAAUAAUGUUGUUUCUAUGUUUGAGUUUCCGAGUAAAAAGCCGACAACCAUCAAUCCAA